AGGUAUUUCGAAAAAAAGAGGGAAAGAGAAUCUGYUGGAGCAGAAAGUGGCUYAGGSUUCGACCCCCAGACAUCAGCGGACUCGAUCCGCGACAUGGUUUCCAAAAAYUGGAAACCAUCGAAGGGAARGGACAAGAGACCAAGGGGGMCCCCCAAAGACGAAGCUGGCAGCAAGAACGAACAGCGCAGACUCACGCAGGAGAUUGCAACAGUCGCAGCUCAGACGAAGAGACUGUUCGACCAGAACCAGGACUACAAAAGGGAGCAAGGCGAGAAGUUUGUCACAGUCCGCAUGAUCGUAGAGAACAAGGCGCCCAGCGUGCCGAAAGCAGCGAUUACUGAUAGGGGAUCCAUCAAGGCAUUAAGACCGUUGCUUCCAGUGCGGUACAGGAGCAAAUUCAAUGAGUGGCAGGUGGCCAAAGACGCAGCAUUCACAAUCCCAACCCUCGACGACGACAGAGCCCUGGCCAAGAGCAUCAGGGACAACAUCUCAACGGAGACUCCGAUGGGCGUGUACGGGGUCCCACCACGCGAACAGACAGCCGAAGGGAAGACGCUGGAAGAACCAAUCUUCACCCCCUUCGACCCCAUCCUGGUCAAGCUCGACGAGAGGGAAAAACUCAGCGAAGGCCUGACCUGGAGGGCAUGGGACACAAUCACAAUGCUGCCAUACAACGUGCUGAACGGGAGGUUCAGCACGACCGACAUCAUUGCAGAUUCGCUGGCGGACAUCAUUAGGACCCGACUAUUGACCUCCAAGACCUCGCCGCUGGACGAGGCAACUCCCAUCGAUGUGGACAUGGGAAGGGAAGAUUCUGACACGGAGGACGAGGACGACGUAGAGAGGGAAGAGGACAACAAGAUCUCCCCAGGGGGAGACAACGAUGAGCCUCCAACGAAGUCGGAUAGCUGCGUUGGGGAGUACGCCCUGAGCUCCUCAGCAGCAAGCGAGGACAGCAGGGACUCCGACACCGACAACAGCAAGACCCAGGCACGAGAGCCCUACCCCAAGAUUGAUGUYMMAUUGUUCGAUGGGAAUCAUGCCUCUUCUUUGGCAGACAAGUUUGAGCAACUCAGGUAUAGCAACGAAUGGACGGAUGAGAAGAUGCUUCGCAUGGUAAAAAGGUACUGUCAGGUGGGGUACCGAGACGAGAUCGAUGAGCUGGUGCAGAUCUCUCGCGAUUGGUUAGAUUUUAAGGCGCGGUUGUUGAAGAAGUAUCAGCUCAGCAAUUGGUUGUUCGACCUGCAGGAUUUGAGGGCGGUGGAUCGUAAAAAGUUUGGUACAACCAAACAAUUCUUGUCGGAGUUUGAGCGUGUGGCUCGCCUAGUCCCGGAUUUGUCCGACAAAGAUCGCUGCCUCAUCUUCCUUGAUAACUUCAACGACGUCGAACAGUCGAAAUUGGUUGAAGGGAUGCAAGGGAGGUAUGACUGGACUAAGGUUCGGCAGAAUGCGCUGGUGGGGAAGUUCGACGAUAUCCUCUACCGGCUGUUGAGGCAGCAAAAGGAGGAGCGGGAAAAGGUGAAGCUGGGAGAAGUAAAGGACGGUGAAAUUUACAAAACUUUGAUUUGCAUGAGAGAAAUGAUGGAGGGCAUGAAGGAGGAAAGGCUGAAGCUUCAAGUCAUGUUGGCCAAAGAGAAAAAUAGUCAGAGGAAGGGGAAAGAGCCGGCGGAAGAAGAAAGUGACAGUGAGAGCGAGGAAGAAAAGGAGCCGCCUCGCAAGUUGACAAAGGCGGAGAGGAAGGUCUUGAAUCAAAUUCAAGGCGGACAGGGGACUUCCCGUAAACAGGGGAAGAACGGUGGACAAAAUAAUCAAGGAGGGAGUGGCAAUGCUGGCACUGGUUCGUCAGGACAAAGUUCCCAAGAUCAAGGGCAGUUCCAGCCGCAGGGUGGAAGAGGCCGCAGUCGAGGCCGUGGAAACGGACAGCGAAGCCGUUGGGCGUGGCAGCAGGAAGCCACAUGUAACUAUUUCGCAGAAAAGGGCCAUAUUAUGCGGUUUUGCCAACUCCUUUCGAAAGAUGAGAAGAAAGGGAUAGUCUUCACCACUAUACAUGGUGAAAUCUUUGAUUACGAAGGGAAUUCGAUCGACCCCAACAUUGAAGGGGGUAUGAGGAAGGGGGCGUAUCGCCGAAUGGGUCGUCCGCUACCGACAACGUUCCGGAUUGCUUCUCCUGAAGAAGCACGGUUGGCCGAGGUCGAGGAGGUCAUGGCGUCAUUGCAUAUCUACGACUCACUGGUGGAGCCAGAAGGAUUCAGGGAACAAGUAGUGGAACGAGCGCAAACCAUCACUAGGCGGCUUGCCCGAUGCCGGGACUCUAUCAUCCGACUUUAUGUGGACAUGGAGGAAGUCUGACCUGGAUUGCCGGAUGUCUU